AUGAGGAAGAUCCGCGCCAAUGCCAUCGCCAUCCUGACCGUGACAGGAACACCCUCCAGAGGCUUUGAUGAGAAGGCUUACCUGUCGGCCAAGCAGCUGAAGGCCGGAGAGGACCCCUACAGGCAGCAUGCCUUCAAUCAGCUGGAGAGUGACAAGCUGAGCCCAGACAGGCCCAUCCGGGACACGCGCCAUUACAGCUGCCCAUCCAUGUCCUAUUCCGUGGAUCUGCCGGCCACCAGUGUCAUCAUCACUUUCCACAAUGAGGCCCGCUCUACCCUCCUACGCACGGUGAGAAGCGUCCUGAACCGAACUCCUGCCAACCUGAUCCAGGAGAUCAUUUUAGUGGAUGACUUCAGUUCAGAUCCUGAAGACUGUCUGCUCCUGACCAGGAUUCCCAAAGUCAAGUGCUUGCGCAAUGACCGGCGAGAAGGGCUGAUCCGGUCCCGAGUUCGUGGGGCAGACGUGGCUGCAGCUGCUGUCCUCACCUUUCUGGAUAGCCACUGCGAAGUGAACACCGAGUGGCUGCAGCCCAUGCUGCAGCGGGUGAAGGAGGACCACACCCGUGUAGUGAGCCCCAUCAUCGAUGUCAUCAGUCUGGAUAAUUUUGCCUACCUUGCAGCAUCUGCUGACCUUCGUGGAGGAUUCGACUGGAGCCUGCAUUUCAAGUGGGAGCAGAUCCCUCUUGAUCAGAAGAUGACUCGGACAGACCCCACCAGGCCCAUAAGGACACCUGUCAUAGCUGGAGGAAUCUUCGUGAUUGACAAGUCCUGGUUUAACCACCUGGGAAAGUAUGAUGCCCAGAUGGACAUCUGGGGGGGAGAGAACUUCGAGCUCUCUUUCAGGGUGUGGAUGUGCGGUGGGAGUUUGGAGAUCGUCCCCUGCAGCCGGGUGGGCCAUGUCUUCAGGAAACGGCACCCAUACAACUUCCCUGAGGGCAAUGCCCUCACUUACAUCAGGAAUACCAAGCGCACUGCAGAGGUGUGGAUGGACGAAUACAAGCAGUACUACUACGAGGCCCGGCCCUCGGCCAUCGGGAAGGCCUUCGGCAGCGUGGCUACGAGGAUCGAGCAGAGGAAGAAGAUGAACUGCAAGUCUUUCCGCUGGUACCUGGAGAACGUCUACCCGGAGCUCACUGUCCCUGUGAAGGAAGUGCUCCCAGGCAUAAUGAAGCAGGGAGUUAACUGCUUAGAGUCCCAGGGCCAGAGCCCAGCUGGUGACUUCCUGCUUGGAAUGGGGAUCUGCAGAGGGUCUGCCAAAAACCCCCCAUCUGCCCAGGCAUGGCUGUUCAGCGACCAUCUCAUCCAGCAGCAGGGGAAGUGCCUGGCUGCUACCUCCACGUUAAUGUCCUCCCCCGGGUCCCCGGUCAUACUGCAGGUGUGCAACCCAAGAGAAGGCAAGCAGAAAUGGAGGAGAAAAGGAACUUUCAUCCAGCACUCAGUCAGCGGCCUCUGCCUGGAGACAAAACCUGCCCAGCUGGUGACCAGCAAGUGUCAGGCCGAUGCCCAGACCCAGCAGUGGCAGCUGCUGCCGCACACAUGACGGUAGCCCUGGGGCUCCUGUACCUUUUGCAUGAGACUUUGGGACUGGAAGGGGUUAGGGUGGGAGAGUGUGAAGCGGGCCGUGUCCAUCUCCUCACAUUUCUGCUGGGCUCAUCAGCAAACACCCCCGCCAUGACACAUAUUUCUCCAAAGCUUGUUCCAGGGAGGGUGUGGGGGAGCAUGCUCUGAUGCCCUCUGUGCCAUCCUGGCCGUGCCCCGGGAGAGGAGAUGGUCAGGGUGCUGGACUGUUGCUGGGCAGAGACUGGGCAGGUGCCUCUGGCCCUUUGUCCUCUCCCUUGGCCCUUCUCGAGGCC